UGUAAUUUCUCGGGAGUGAACAUUGAGCGUGCAAAUAUGGUACAUUUCUCAUUUUGCACGUCAAAUUUAAACAAAUUCUUCAGUUUUGUUUACAUACAUCUCUCUUUAAUUAGUGCGUAAUGUAGAUAGAGUGUAGAAAAGUAAAAUAUAAAUGACAGGUGCUAACAUAGUUAUAAACCCGACACCCCUUUACCAUGACCAAGGGGGCACCGUACUACCUUCGGGGUACCGUGAAAAUACAGCACCCCCGACUUACGAAGAAGCCAUUAAUCCCAAUGCUCCACCACCAUCAUAUGACUCUCUGUUUGGCAGGGUCAGGGAGGCCCAAAAAACCAGUAAAGGAGUGUUAGAUUUCUUGAAAAAUAUUAUCAUAAUCGUCCUAGGCACCUUGGGGUGCACUUUCAUACUAGGUGUAACAAUUGUAAUACCAAUUUGUAUGAUUGUUAUGGGUUCAAUUUAUCUACAUGAUUGUCCACAAGGAGAAUACAUUCCCGUUUAUUUGUUAGUUGGAGGUAUUUUUGGGAUCGUAAAACAAUUAUUACAUUUAUCAGCGAGAGUAAGACAAACAGAAGAGGAAAGACAAGAAGAAAAUUUACGACAAUCUCCCACUCAAACAUUACUUAAUUGUUUUAUGUUGGGGUGGUUUAUAAUUGGAUCCGUAUGGGUUUACAAAGAGUAUGAACCGAACUUCGAUCCGACGUACGGUAAAUACUGUAACAAAAAUCUUUAUCUGUUCGCCUUUUGGCUUAUAACAUCCGUCUAUAUCCUACUGGGUGUGAUUACCAUUUGUCUGUGUUCUAUAAGCGUAGCUACCGUUCUGUUUCAUGGAGAACAAAUUAACGAUAACGAAAUUUCGGACAGCCUAUGGUGAAACAAAAGAAUUUGUCAUUACAAUAUACAAUUGUAUUUUAUAUUACGCGCAAAUGUUGUGGUAUUAUUUGUUGAUUUUAGUUGAAAUUCUCUGGAUGGAAAAAUAUUUUGUUAUGUAGUUUAUGUUUACAUCAUAUAGAAUUUUGACUAAAAUAUUGACAGUAUACAAUUGCUUAAGCUUCGAUACAAACUUGCAUAAAUAGACGAUAAUUAUUAUUUAACUACUUUAUAAUAUGGUCCAAGUGCCAAUGUAGUUUUAGGACAUGAAUUUAUAGUAAUAUAUUUUUAAUGGUAAAAUUGUCAAAUUUUAUAUAAAUAGUUUAUGAUAUAAAACAUAAUUUAAGUCAAAAAUGAUAAUUUGAAAUAUUAAUGAACAUUUUCAAAUAUUUAAAACAUAUUAAUUGUAAAAAUUGUCAAUUUUGCCACUGUUAGAUCUGAACUAAUUAUGAAUAUGUAAUUAAAUACUCACAAUUUCUCAAAAAGACAUUAAUAAUUGUAACAAAAUACUGUGGUUAUAUUACUAAUAUUGUAAUGGCAGAUAAAAUAAUCUGUUUUAUCUUAUUGACAUAAUUAAACCGUCAUUUUUGAACUAUCUGUGAUAUUUAAACUUUUUAACUGAUUUCAAAAAUUGGUUGUGUUUUCAUUUAUCUUGUUUUUGUAGUCUGAUUUAUGUUGACAAUAGUUUUAUUAAUUUUCAUGUUCCAUCUAAUGUUAAGGUCCAAUAAAUAGCUUACAGAUAUUCAAUGUACCAUAUUGUAUGCUUACUGUACAAAAUCUAACUUAAACUUAAAUAUAAAACUUUUUUAUAACAUUUUUAUGAAGUUGUAAUAUUCCGUAGUAUGGGAGAUUCCCAAAAAAUAGUUUGAAGUUAGAUGUUGUAAUCAUGUGAUUAAAAUUGUAAAACUAUGUACAUUUGUCCAUAUUGUAAAAAGUAUAUAACAAAUUAAUUUAACAUUCUUAUUUGUUCUAAUUUUGUAAAAUAUUUUAGUACCUGUAUGAAGGCAGCGAAUUCUUAAAUUGUUUAAUGAACAACUGUGCAAAAUUGGACAAAUCACAAAUAUUGACGUAAACUUAAGAAUUCAGAAUACAAUUGUUCAUUAACCAAAUUAUUGAAAGACUGUUAUAAAUUUAUACUCAUUCUAAAUGUGUAUAAGGUUUUUGUCCAAAAAUGAAGGCGUAUACGAAUAUUGAUAUUUGAAUUAAUUAUUUGUAUGUGAUCAACAUUCCAUUUAUUUGUGAAGUAAUCAUGACAGCUAUCCACCAUUUUAUUUAAUUUUGCUUUUUAUACGUUUGUUACUUAUUUAUUUCUUGUUAUAUCAAUAUUAAAACAAAAUAAAUAAAAGGUAUUUAAUCAGA